UUGCUUCUCCGACGUGGAGGAGAUUAUAAAAAGCAUCAUAUAUAUAUAUUAGGCCACACAUCAGUCAGCUCAAAAGCUCAAAAGUUAACCAAGAAUGAAGUUCUUCAUGGAUUUUUUCCCAGUUUGCUUGCUCAAUAAAGUAGUUUACUUAAAUAAAGAAUGUUGGAUGAAUUAUUUUGAUUGUGAUAUGUCCGCGGACCAAUGAAUGGCCAGGAGGAGUUACUGAGGGCGCUGCUGUCCCCGCCCCCCGGUAUGUCCGCGGACCAAUGAAUGGCCAGGAGGAGUUACUGAGGCCGCUGCUGUCCCCGCCCCCCGCUACCUGUAUAUAAUCUGAAGCACAGGUGAAGUUCGGUGAUUCUGAUUGUGUUAGCAUUCAGGAUCUCACUCGUUGCUUCAGAUAGCUUAGUCUGUCAGAACGUAACGGGAUUACUUUUUUCUCUUUGGACUUUUUCUUCGGAGAGUCGAGCUUCAUUCCUUCUUGAUCACGAUGCCGCGUGGGAAGUCGUACCGUCGCUCUCAGGCUGCCAAGAGGAGGAUGGAGAGGCAGGAGAGUUGGACGACCUCUCUGGACGGCAACCGCGUGGACGGUGUACCUUUGGUUGGUGGUACCGGUUGGCGGCACAAGGUGUUGAGGUGGGAGGAGUCGCAGCUGACCAACAAGCAGCACAAGUUGGUGAUUCCAGCUGCGUGCGCUAACAAGAAGUUUGUUCUUGUUGUUGGUGAUUCCCACCUGCGUGCCUUGGUGGAUGGCUUCGUCCUGAUGCCAGAGGGACCGCUGUCCUUUGGCUUCAUGUGCACUCCUGGGGCGACCGCAGCGCACCUCAGGACCGAGCUCAUGGCUGCUGUGGUUCCUCGCCAGCCCGAAGCCGCUAUCGUCCUGGCUCCCAGCAACAACCUGACUGCUGGCAGGGGACUGGAGAACUCGUCUGCAGACUUUGCCGCCCUGCUCAAGACUGCACGCAGCCGUUGGUCCAACGUUGUGGUGCUGGACUUUCCGCCUCGUCUGAGUGUGGAAGAGGACCAACAGAAGCUGCUGCGCAUGGCGUACCACAGUGUCUGUGCGGACCAGGGUGUUCCUUACCUUCACAUCUGUGAGAACUUCCCUCUGCACCAGCGUGACUUAUGGGCCAGAGAUGGUACACACCUGAGCGAUAGUGCGGGCAUGCCUAUCCUCGCGUACCUUCUUUGGCAGGCAGCUGACAGGCAGCUUGCAGAACCAGAGCCAGAGCCACACGUGGCGCCGAUUCCCACCUGUAUCCCGUAUCGUCCCCGGUUUGCCACCCAGGUGGUAGUGAAGGGAAUCGAGCCACAGCCACGGCCAGCAGCCAACCCAGAUGGCUGGAUUACAGUGGUGAACGGGCAGAAGGUCCCAGUCUAA